CGUCAUUGGAUGCUUGGAUAUAUAAGAUUUUUAGACAGGUUUACCUUUCCUCCCACGCAUCUGUGAUUUUUUGAAGUUUCAAAACACAGACACUUGGUCCCAUCAUAAGAAUAACAUAAAUUGUAAUCUGUUAGGAACUUCGGGCGGUUUUCGUUAGUCUCAUCCAAUAAAGAUUCAGUAGAGGUGAAGACUAUUUACUGAAGGCUAGUUGAGGCAACCAACUUCGACCAGUAUGGAAGAAAAUUUGUCUAAAGACAGCACCACUGAACAUACACAUCUGACAAAAACACAAAGUGGUGAUGUAGAUAAUUCGGAACACUUUGAAGAUGGUGUCACAGUAUUUGUUGAUCAUUCUGAAGAAACCAUUGAUGAUUCCAGCCCUGUAGUUAUAGAUCAGGUAGAAGAACACAUUGGUGAUUUGAGCACUGCAUCCGUGGAACAGAUAGAAUACACUGAUGUUCAUACAAGUAAGCAAAUAGGUGCUGCAAGACAUGUCGGCUUUGAUCAACAAUCUGAAGGUGGAUCAGGUGACAGCAGCGAGUUUCAUCGUUGUGAUAAUUUGUUAGGAUUGACCAGGGAAGCAGUAGAUGAACAACACAGUGAGUUAGAUGGUGCUAAGGAAGUGAUGAUUGAUGAUGUAAACAGUAAUGUAAAUAAUACCAAAGCAGUAAUAGAUAACACGCCACAAGCACUUGAUGGUGCCAAAGAAAUGACAGAUUAUGUACAAAACAAAGGGGUGGAUUAUUCCAAGGAAGUAAAAGAUGAACAAGAUAAAGAACUACAUAUAGAUGAUGCUGGGAUGGUUACCACUGAUGUUGACAGUUCUGAUGCUGGAGAAUCUAUUUCUAUGGAAGAAAAUGUGAAUGAGUUAGAAGAAAAACAGAUCGAUGAAGACCCUGUUGCAGAUGAUAGCAAUAUUUUUGAGUUUGAAGAUGUGCUGCAUGAGAAUGACGAGUCUCGGAUUCGGAUGUUUAGCCAAGGCUUGGCUUUAGAAAGAGAAGGGAAGAGGAAUGCUGCUCUCAAAUGCUAUCUUGGCUGUCUCUCCAAUCUACAAAUGGACUCCAAUUUCGCACUUUUGCCACACUGCUUGAGAAAUAUAGCAGACAUUUUCUUCCAGCAUGGUGAAUAUGAAAAAGCCAUUUGUUUCAUCCAAGCUGAGAAGUUGUUUUAUGAGAAUGCAUUGAUUGACACAACACAAAUUCAAAAGAAGUUGGAGGAAAUCCAUACUGGUAUGAGUGAAUGUAAAGAAGGUGAUGGCGAUUCAAAGAUCUCUAAGGAUGCUCUUCGUGCAGAAGAGUACGAACAUCUGGCCAAACUGUGUAUGGACAGGAAACAGCCUCAGCUUGCUCUGGAAUAUGCAGGCAAGGCAACAAAGAUCAGGCAGCAGAUUUAUGGAGAUGAUCACCAAAUCACCAAGGAAAGUUUGGACUACUUUGCCACUUUAUAUGCAGAGGUUGGGCGACAUCAAUACAAUGAAUCCCUCUCCCACCUGUCUGAAGAUACAGACUGUAAUCCUGCUGAAGAUGAGACUGCAGCAAACGUCCCGGUUACGACAAUCCCUAGAUCACCGUCCUCCAUUCUCAGGCAAAGGAAAUCAGGAGAUGAUAAAGAGAAGAAGCAAGUGAGGUUUCAGGAGCCUCAAGAAACCAGCAAUUCACGGCAUCAAGAAGAAUGGAUUUCUCAAGCCUUGCUGUGUGUCCUGUUUGCAAUAUGUUUUUUUCUGCUGUUCAUCCUGGGAAGCUGGCUCUACUGCAAUCUGUACAGCAACACCUUUUGUGAGCUGGCACAAGAUCAUUUUGAAUUCUACGUGAGAAAAAUCAAGUAUUUUUACUAUCAGUACGCAUCCACUAAGAAGAUCAAGUAUUCUUAAGCAGCUGAGCUAAGGAAGGAUAUAUGAAACAGACAAAUGACUUUUGUAUGUAACAGCAACUGAUAAAAUAUGUUCAGUGUUGCUUUUGAAUAGUAGUAUGGUUUUGAAACUAGUGUGCAUUUCAUGGCAAGGUAAGACAAAAUAGCAAAUAUUACGCACAUCUUGCAAGACAACUCUUGAGUAAUGUAAAAUGAUAUUAAUUUACAUUAUGAUACUAUGCAUACAAAUCACAGUCGAUUGAAUAUCAAAACAUUUAUUAAAAAAUUAUUUUAUGUAUAUGUGUUAUUAUUUUAUAUACAUAUUGGAGAGUUUCAUUUACUUAAAAUAUUUAUGUGAUAUUUUGAAUUACUUUUCAUGGUGAAUAUUAUUUUAUUCGUUUUGUGUUCCUUGGUUCCCUCAUUUGUCAAUUUAUUUUGUUUGAUUUUUGUGUGUUUUUUUUUUAUGUAUAUUAAGAUAAUGUUUAGUAAAUAAUUAAUAAUUGUUGUGAAGUUUUAAAUGGAAUAUUUUUUGUGCAACCAUAGAGGUAUUAGAUACAUAUACUGAAAUGCAGGGAUCACCCUACUAAUAGCAAAAUUAACCCAUUUUAAAAAAUGGCUACAAUAUUUAGUAUUUGGCUAAUAAAAUGUUUAAAUUAGACAUUUUGCAAUAUUUAAAAUCUGAAAAUUGACUAAAACAUUAUUUGUAGUGUGAGCCCUGAAAAUGCAAGUUCUAAUCCCAUUAAAUUUUAACAUAUGUGGUUAGAAUUUGUUUAAACAUUUUGUGUUCUUUUUUAUUAAUUAUAUAUGUUUUAAAUUCUGUGAUAAAAAUUGAUAAGUUGAAAUUGUGUGUGAAGGUUCAUUUAAAGAUCAGUGGCAUUUACGGGGUAGUUAGGUAGGACUCAAGGACGAUGGCACUUAAUCUGAAUAAUGCAUUUAUUGAAGCAAAAUGUUGUAACCUACAACUUUUGGGGUCAAUUCUGUUUGUAGUAUUCUAAUAGGGUUUUAAAUAUUUUUCAGUGUUUAAAAAUAAAUGUAAUUUUUCUUAUAAUCAUGAAAUGCUGCUUUCUUUAGGUUGUAAAUAUUUUAAAAACAAUACCAUUAAAUUACUUUAAAAUAUGUACUUUUGACAUAUAAUUUGAGAUGAAAAACUGAUUAGGCUUUCUCGUUAAUCAUGCAGUUACAUUUAUUGGUAUACACCUGAAAAAUAAUUAAGCACCACCAACUUUUGACCAUGUGACUUACACUUCACAAGUAAUUCUGACCAUUUCAUGAAUACCAAACACAGAAAUUAAUGUUCUCUGUAGGCUGGAGACACACUGUUGUGCUUCCCCAAAGUAAUUUAUACAUGCCAUCUCGGUAAAUACCCUGUAGAUAUAGAAUAUAUAUGUAUAAAAACUCUCGUAUCUACUUUAAACCUGUUGGCACGGACCAAUAAUUAUUGGGCGACGUUUUGGCUGCAAUACUAUUCAGAUAGUGCUUGAUUAAUUUCCUGGUGUAUAUUUAUAAUGUUGUUUCAUUAUUCAUCUCAACUUUUGUAAUAUACCAUACUGAUAGCACUGUUUACAUAAUACCUUACAUAAUAUAUCGUAUAUAACUUUUUAAUCAUACAUUAACAUUUAGUGCCUGUUAUAUUUUGUUGAUUUGUAAUUUGAAAGAAUCUUGUUAUGUUUAAAAAUCUGCUGUUGCUGUUGAUAUUUAUUGGUAAUACAUUGCAGGUAUAUGUACUUUGGAAUAUAUUAAUGAUACUUUACAGUGUUAUGAAUUUGAUACACCUUAUACUAUUACAGACAUUUUUAACCUUUUGAAUGGAUAAAACAAUUAAAAAACCCAUAUAUAUAUAAAUUAGAAGUUACCAAACAUUAAGCUUAGGUCCCAAGUGAAUCAAUGUUCAUUUGUCACAAGAUUUUGUAGUGGCAAAUGUAUUUUUUUAAGGAACAUAAGAUUAAUAAUGACGGAUAACAAGUUUGUUAUUUUAUUUUAUAUUAUUUUGUAGUUCUCAUUAAAAAAAACUAUUUGAUAUGUAGCAACUAUUCUUCACAAUAUUUGCAAUAUUGCUAUAACUUAGUUUUUUCUUUUUUAUGGUAUUUCAUAAAAGACAGAAAACUAUUCAGUUAAAACAGAAAAAGUUAAAAUAUGCACACAUAUUUUGUUUGCAUUUUAGCUAUGAAAAAAAAGAAGAAGUAAAUAUAGGUUCUAUUAAAAAACUAAAAAGUAAAUAUAGGUUCUAUUAAAAAUAUGUGACAUGGUGGGAGCUUAUAUUAUCGUAAUGAUAUGUUUAAUACUAACAAAUAUGUGUGUGACAUUUGUUUCAAUGAAAAACUAUGAAAUAUUUUCUGUUAUGACUAAACCAUGGCAGAAUUAAAUUAAAUUAUUUUCUUGCUUAUUGCGACCUAUGAAGACGCCCAACAACAGCCAUUGAUAGGCUAGGUCCCAAUAACGAGCUACUCUCGGUAUACUAAGUUCAAAACUAUACGUAGCUCCCCUUUAUAUUUUGGCGAACCAUUCAAAAAUGCACCCAAUUUCCUUCAUAGAAAUCGCGCAAUAAUUCUGUUUGAUUUAAUCCUAUGGAACAUUCAAAAUUCCAUAGCACCAACUACCGACUCAUCGGACUGCUGGUGCUCCCUUGUACCUGCCAAUGCGGGUGGUCCUCUUUCCCACUCACCCCAACCCUUUUCCUGUCCUGGACGAAGGAGCCAGCCAAGGCAGGCACUUGUGCCCAUGAUAGGCAUUUACUACAGCAGCUUGCUCUGACUGUAUGUAAAACCCUAUGACCUGACCUGCAUUUUGCAUUUAUGACACUGAUAUAUAAUGCAUUUAUUUGUUAUAGAAUAUAAUGCAUUUAUUUGUUAGACAAAUAAUAUCGGAUAUUGUUUAUAGUACUAUGUAGUUUUGUUUUAAUGUUGACAUAUUUGUAAAAUACAAAUUUAAUGAAGUGUGUUAUUUCAUAUCAAAAUUUGUGAUUUUAUUGUUAUAAUUAUUUACUUUGUUGAUUAUUAAUAUAUUAUGUACAUUUUAAAAAUUGUAUUUAUUAUUGUUCUUCUUGGGGACAUAUCAGAUGCUUAUUUGAAUGAGUACUUUUUUGUUUAUGAAAUAUACCAAAAACAAUUUACAAGUAAAUUACAAGAUACAGAAAUAUAUACCUAAUACAUUUUCUAUAUUAGACCUAUUUGUUAUAAAUUUAGCCAAAUAGAGGGUUCCCACAGUCAUAAAAACCCAUGGAAAAUAAAACUGUUAUGGAAAAGUCCUGCAAUUUUGUUCAUGUUAAAAAAUAAAUCUUGGAAAAGUCAGGGAAUUUCAUCUCAGGUUGAGCACCACUGUAACAUCAUGGCUGUUGCAAGCUUUCAAAUUAUUAAGUUUAACAAUGCAGUAUAAAAUCUUCUUAUACAUGUAUUAUGGAUACCAUUAGAUGUUUUGGCAAUAUCUGAUCUUGCUAAGUGCUCCAAACUGAAAGGUUGAAAGAUAUGGGCAUCUCUUUCAGACUAGGUCCUGUUUUUGUUGUAGGACUUGAUGGUUGUCUGUAUGUGAUGGUACUAUCCAGUUACAGGGAUCGAAACUCUUCAGAAAAGUAUGGUGGCCCCAAAAAUAUAUCUGGGCCAUUAAAUUUCAUUUGGCAUUCAUGAAUGUGCGUUCGGAUUUGAUCGUGUAUUCAGCUGAGAUGUUCUGAAUGGUUACAAACUGGAUCAAGAAGUCUUUGUUUUAUAAAGACUACACCUCACUACAAAAUCAAUGUUUAUCUAUAAAUGGAUGCUGACAAAUUAUGGUACGCCAGUUCGUUCAGGUUUGCAAAGCACAAGCAAGAUUGUAAUGUGGAGUAAAUAUAUGCAAUACAAUUAUUAACAGUGGCUCAAAUGAUAUAGAAAGAAGAUCUCCCACAUAAUAUUUUUGAACAUUAUUUUAUAUUUAUAGUUGGCCAGAGGACUUUGAUCACAUUUUGCGACCUGGGGACUGGCUGUUUUGCACCCUGCAAUUACCACGCAUUCACUCCAAUGGAGCCUGAUAAAUGCUUCAGGUUGUUUAAGCAGGCUCGGCUUGAUAGUUGGUGGAUAGUGAUGUUACUUUGUAUGGUGUUUAACAUGUUUAAGCUCUGAUAGUGUUAGAAGACUGGUCCGAACAUCCCAACAGCCAAUUGGAUGGCUUAAAAUCUUCCAAUAAGUCCGGGCUUCUAGAAUGUUUAUAAAAAACACUAGCCAUGGGAUCAAUGAUUUUAAAAAUGUACUAGCCAUGAUUAAAAAUUCACUAGCCCUACUUUUGAGUAAAUACAAUUUUACUUACAGUAAUAAUCGAAUAUGUCACCUUAAGAGGAAGAUAGAGCUUAAAAACUCUUAGAUUUGGGAAGAGGAUAUCCGUAUUUACUAAAUAAACUUAAACACCAUUUGACAACAACUUUUUUUCACUAGCCAUCGGACAUGGCGAUAGUAGUUAUUUACUAGCCCAACAUUGAAUAUCACUAGCCAUGGGAGUGGGGCUACCAUAAUCUAGAAGCCCUGAAUAAGUCCUCUGCUGCCUGUUCUGGUCUGUGAUUGAUCCACAUUUAAAGUUUGCAACUAGCACUUAGCAGUAACCGAGCUGUUUUCUUAUGUCUUUCAAAUUUGACAUAAUGAAUGCUUUAAAUUUCCGCAGGAUGCUAAUUAAUAGCCCUGAUUAGUUUCCACGAAUACAACUGCUAUUCAAAGUAAGGGCCCACUGCUUCCAGCCAAAUGAUUAUUUUCAUAUCAGUUGAAUACUUACAAACAGUUUUAACAUGGUCAGUAAACAUAUCAUAAACUAACUUUUGAAAUGUAUAAAGCCAUUUGUUUUUUUGGUUUUGAAGAGGAUAGCUGUGGUGGGGUAAGCAAGAGCUUAAUUUCGGCCAACUAAGUCAAAUUACUCAAAUGGCUCCAAUUUAAUUUCGAUGAACCAUUUCAAAUUGUGUCAAAAUUACCUCAUGAAAUUAUGCAACCUGUUUCAUUUUGGAACUAAUCCUACAGGAUUUAGUGGCACCAACCCACCCCCCUCCUGCCCACUACCAACCCUGGUUGGGCCGCUUGUGCUCCUUUGCAUAUGACAGUGUGGACU